UUCCUGGGCACCUGCGCAGGCCCAAGGACUCGGUUUCCCAGGAUGCAACGGGAAGAGGGCCUGACCCGUCCAUCACCCGGGCAGCUCGCGUGGCCAGAUACGCCCCGGCCCCGGAAGCCUCUCCCGCCGCUGGUGCAGCCAGCAUGGGGGAGCCCCACGGCUCGGUGCGGAUCCUGGUCACGGGGGGCUCCGGGCUGGUGGGCAAGGCCAUCCAGAAGGUGGUGCAGGACGGAGCCGGCCUCCCCGGAGAGGACUGGGUGUUCGUCUCCUCCAAGGAUGCCGACCUAACGGAUGCAGCGCAGACCCGCGCCCUGUUUGAGAAGGUGCGGCCCACCCACGUCAUCCACCUUGCCGCCAUGGUGGGGGGCCUGUUCCGGAACAUCAAGUACAACCUGGACUUCUGGAGGAAGAAUGUCCACAUCAACGACAACGUCCUGCACUCGGCCUUUGAACUGGGCGCCCGCAAGGUGGUCUCCUGCCUGUCCACCUGCAUCUUCCCGGACAAGACCACCUACCCCAUCGACGAGACCAUGAUCCACGAGGGACCACCACACAGCAGUAACUUCGGAUAUUCAUAUGCCAAGAGGAUGAUUGACGUGCAGAACAGGGCCUACUUCCAGCAGCAUGGCUGCACCUUCACCGCCGUCAUCCCCACCAACGUCUUUGGGCCCCAUGACAACUUCAACAUCGAGGACGGCCACGUGCUGCCUGGCCUCAUCCACAAGGUGUAUCUGGCCAAGGGCAGCGGGGCCGCACUGACCGUGUGGGGCACCGGCAAGCCACGGAGGCAGUUCAUCUACUCACUGGACCUGGCCCGGCUCCUGGUCUGGGUGCUCCGGGAGUACGAGGAGGUGGAACCCAUCAUCCUGUCAGUGGGCGAGGAGGAGGAAGUGUCCAUCGCCGAGGCCGCGCAGGCCGUGGUGGAGGCCAUGGACUUCCAGGGGGAGGGUCACC